GACACAUUAUGUUAUGAAUAAUAACAACUAAUUUCAUCUUUCUCUUUAUUUACAACAUUUACUACAUUUUCCUUAAUUUAUUCCUAAUAAAUGGAGAAUACGCACAUGUAUAAUCCCUAUAGUGCGCACGGCCCGAAGCUCUUCUAACGUACGCAUUAAUACCCGGCCGAAAGACGAUCACUACUCUCACAAGCACAAAAUAUUUUCCCAGCGAUACGUUUUCAGUCUCCUCUCUGCUUACUUUUAUUCGUUUUUCUUUAAUUCAUUUCUGAUUAAACACUAACGCGAAAAUCUUCAUCCUUUUCAACCUAUUUGAAAAAAAUCCAAUGCCGGCGAAUCACCACCGGUUUAGUUACCGGUUAAUCUUACUCUUCCUCCUGACUUUCGAAACAGCGCGGCGUUCAGCUUCCGGUGACCCAAACGACGAGGCGUGCCUCGCGAAUCUCCAUCAAAGCUUAGAAGAUCCGGCGAACAAUCUCCACAACUGGACCAAACCCUUCUUCUCCAACCCAUGCCCCGGCUUCGACUCCUAUCUCCACGGCGUCACCUGCAACAACGGCAGAGUCUACAAACUCUCCCUAACAAACCUCUCCCUCCGCGGCUCCAUCUCCCCGCUCCUCUCCAACUGCACGAACCUCCAGUCGCUAGAUCUAUCCUCCAACCAGAUCUCCGGCGAGAUCCCGCCGGCGAUUCAGUCCUUAUCCAACCUCGCGGUUCUCAACCUCUCCUCCAACCGCCUCUCCGGCGAAAUCUCGCCUCAGCUCGCCCGGUGCUCGUUCCUCAACGUCAUCGAUCUCCACGGUAACGGACUCUCCGGCGUGAUCCCGCAGCAGCUGGGAACCCUCGCGAGGCUGUCGGCGUUCGACGUGUCCGACAACGAGCUGUCAGGUCAGAUCCCGGCGAAUCUGGGGACGCGUAACGGAAACUCGCCGAGGUUCAAUUCGAGCUCGUUCGCCGGGAACAAGAAGCUGUAUGGGUACCCGUUGGGGGAGAUGAAGAGCAAGGGGCUGUCGGUGAUGGCGAUCGUUGGGAUUGGGCUUGGGAGUGGAGUCGCGAGCUUGGUGGUUAGCUUCACGGGGGUGUGUAUAUGGUUGAAGGUCACGGAGAAGAAGAUGGAGGAAGAAGAAGGGAAGAUUAGUCACUCCAUGCCUGAUUACUAAUCAUCUUAUUAAUUGUGGUUUAACCACAUAUUUUAAUUAAAAAAAUCUUUUAAUUAACAAAGAAAACGAAAGAUACAAAAUAGGGAAUUUAUAAUGCGAAUUUAAUGCUCUAAUCUUGUUCAUCUUUUGGAAUUUCUCCUUGUAUUAGUUAACUUAUCCUAAAAGAAAUGUGAUUUGUAAUUAACAAAAAAGGCAAGACUGGUUUUUAUGGGAUACGGAGUAUAUGUUGUCUUACACUUGUACUCUAUUAUGACAUGAAACUUUGAUUUGUAAACUGUAAUUGGCGAGGGAUUG